AUGGACGGUCUCAGGAGUCUCCCGCACGAGCUGCUAGCCAUGAGCAUCGGAUACGCAGCGGACUGGGUCAGUCUCGAGAGUCUGAUUCUGACCUCGCCGCUGCUGGCCGCUCUCUUCGAGCCUGGGGAGUUCCCUGAUGCACUCGCCGACUCGGAUGCGAUCUACCUCGUUAAGGAGAACCUGCAGGCUAAUCCGGUUAUGACCUCCGAACUAGACCGUUACUUCUUCAUGUGCGCCGCGCUCCGGCGGCCCUCUGUCACUGACAGCAGUCUGGCCGACUUUCUGGCCCGUGACUUCUCGCUCGAGACCACAAAGACGACAAUGACCCGCGCCUCGCUGCGGGAGAUGGUUGCUGUAGCGGCCAACAUCCAGCGCCUGGCCUGCAUUUGUCUGACCAGCUUCCUGACGCGGCUGCGAGAUAUCUUUUCGGAGGACCUUGCCAGGGCCCGGUUUCUCGGUGGUUUCCCGGAUCUCGGGCCGUAUCGGUUGCAGGACGUAGGCCCGCCCUUGUGGAAUGAAGAGUCUCGCGUCUACCGUGCCCUUUGGCAUCUACAACUCUUUGCUGAUAUAUUGGGUACAGGCACGGCGACUCCUCCUACUCCUCCUCGUCCCCAGCAAUCGAGCAGCUGGUCACAAAGCGAUAUCAUGUAUCUACAGAACCAUCAUCUGCGGUGGAGCGGCGGGGGACAGCUGCCCUCGGGACAAUAUGACACCUGGUUCGAGAUUCUCGAGGUGUCGGGCUGUCUGGAGGCGCUUUACGGGCCCGACGAUGCCCCGGUCACCGCGAUGGCUCAGUCCGAUGACGCGAGUAAUCCACCCCAAAUCGAAUUCCGAAGCAGCAUCGGGUACUAUAUCAGUUCAUACAACCCGCCUCUCAUCUCGAAGAUGCCGGUGGCUUCUCGUGACACCGCCGUGUGGGCGCCUCCGGAGCCGCCCAUACACCUCUCGGACGAUGUACGAUGGUGGUGA